CGAAUUCUCGCGAGAAUGUAUCAACCUCGCGUAGGCGCCGCGCCACGCGCGAGCCAAACUCUCGCGAGAACGUCUGCUACUUCGUAGAGACUUGGCGCCGCCGGAACGCCUGGGAUAUGGCCCGGCUGGUGCCGGCCUGGACCCGGUUGGACAAACAGCAAGAGCGGGACGUGCGAGAGCUCAUCCGGCGUGUGUCUGGCCUCCAUGACGAGGCAGAUCCCAACUUCCAGCUGGCCCUGAACUUCGCCUGGUCCAACUUCAGAUUUCAUCGUUUCUUGGAUGUCAACAGCCACAAAAUAGAAAAGACAAUAGAAGGAAUUUAUGAAAAAUUUAUUAUUCAUUCUGAUCUCAGCAAAGCUGCUAGUUGGAAGAAAUUAACUGAGGAAUUUCUAAAUUCAUCACUUCCCAGCAUAAAAGAAAUAAAGACAGAUGCACAUUAUUCCAUACUGUCACUCCUUCUGUGUCUGUCUGAUUCUCCUUCAAACAGCAAUUAUGUGGAAACACCAAGAGAGAAAGAAGUGGAAAAGAAAGAUGAUUUUGACUGGGGAAAAUACUUGAUGGAAGGUGAAGAAAUUGACCUUGGUCCAAAUGUGGACACACCAAAUUGGUCUGACGACAGUGAAGAAGAGGAUGCUCAACAGCCCUUAAGCAGGGAGGACUCUGGGAUCCAGGUGGACAGGACCCCAUUAGAAGAACUAGAUCAAAAUAGAAAUCUGGGGCCCCGAGUCAGUUGGAAAGAUGAGCCAGAUGGCCGAAGCUGGUUAGAACAGCAUGUGGUCCAUCAGUACUGGACAGCCAGACCCUCACGAAUUCCACAUAGUUUGCAUUUACACUCCAAUUUAGCUGCUGUAUGGGAUCAACACUUGUACAGUAGUGAUCCAUUGUAUGUUCCAGAUGAUAGAGUUUCUGUUACUGAGACACAGGUUAUUCGGGAAACUCUAUGGUUACUUUCAGGGGUAAAAAAACUCUUUAUAUUUCAGUUGAUAGAUGGGAAGGUAACUGUGAGAAACAAUAUUAUAGUAACUCAUUUGACACACAGCUGUUUACGAUCUGUGCUGGAACAAAUUGCAGCAUAUGGCCAGGUUGUAUUUCGACUCCAGGAAUUCAUUGAUGAAGUCAUGGGACACAGCUCCGAAAGCCCAUUACCUGGAAGUGGUUCCAUUCCUAAAAAGUCAUCUGAAGCUCCCUUUAGAACCUACCAGGCUUUCAUGUGGGCCCUGUACAAAUAUUUUAUUAGCUUCAAAAAGGAACUUACAGAAAUUGAGAAGUCCAUCAUCAAUAAUGAUACCACCAUAACUCUUGCAAUAGUAGUGGACAAGCUCUCACCUCGAUUGGCUCAGCUCAAGGUUUUGCACAAAGUGUUUAGUACUGGAGUAGCAGAAGUUCCCCCUGACACUCGGAAUGUUGUCCGGGCAUCUCACCUGCUCAAUACCCUGUACAAGGCCAUUCUUGAAUAUGACAAUGUUGGAGAAGCCUCUGAGCAAACUGUCUCCCUCCUAUUCUCUCUCUGGGUGGAAACAGUGCGGCCAUACCUGCAGACUGUGGAUGAGUGGAUUGUGCAUGGGCACCUGUGGGACGGCGCCAGGGAGUUCAUCAUACAGAGGAACAAAAAUGUUCCAGUAAAUCACAGAGACUUCUGGUAUGCAACUUACACAUUAUAUAGUGUAUCGGAAAAGACAGAGAAUGAAGAAAAAAUGAAUGACAAUGCUAGCGCAAGUUCUGGCAGUGACCAGGGUCCCUCCAGCAGGCAGCACACCAUGGUGUCCUUCCUCAAGCCUGUCCUCAAGCAAAUCAUAAUGGCCGGCAAGUCAAUGCAGCUGUUGAAGAACCUGAGGUGUGCGGAGAGCACUGCGAGCCAGGUGGCAGCCAGAGACGCAGACAGAAAAAGCUUAUACACCCUCUUUCUGGAAUCUGUACAGUCACGUCUUCGACGUGGAGAAGAUUCCACUCCACAGGUCCUUACUGAUCAACAGGCAACCAAAGAGAACCUAAUUAAGAUGCAGUCCAUAGCUGAAAGGCAUCUUGAACUGGAUGACAUUCAUGACCCACUGCUGGCCAUUAACUUUGCAAGGUUGUAUUUGGAGCAGAGUGACUUUCACGAGAAGUUUGCUGGUGGUGACAUAUGUGUGGAUAGAUCAUCAGAAUCUGUAACUUGCCAGACUUUUGAAUUAACAUUGAGAUCUUGCCUCUAUCCUCAUAUUGAUAAGCAGUACCUAGCUUGUUGUGGAAAUCUCAUGCAAACCUUAAAAAAAGAUUACAGAUUGGUUGAGUACUUGCAGGCCAUGAGAAACUUUUUCUUAAUGGAGGGUGGAGAUACCAUGUAUGACUUCUACACAUCAAUUUUUGAUAAAAUAAGAGAAAAGGAAACCUGGCAGAAUGUUUCUUUUCUUAAUGUCCAACUCCAAGAAGCAGUAGGACAGCGUUAUCCUGAAGAUAGUUCACGACUAUCUAUAUCUUUUGAAAAUGUUGACACAGCUAAGAAGAAACUACCUGUUCAUACUUUAGAUGGUCUGACCCUGAGUUACAAGGUCCCAUGGCCUGUAGACAUUGUUAUAAGUUUGGAAUGUCAAAAAAUUUAUAAUCAGGUGUUCCUUCUCCUAUUGCAAAUAAAAUGGGCAAAAUAUAGUCUGGAUGUUUUACUAUUUGGUGAACUUGCAAAUACUACUGAAAAAUCACAACUUAAAGAAGGCCUGUUGAGUGAGCAAGACGCAGUUGCUCAGUUUGGAUCACAAAAGGCACCAGUAGGACAGCAGAUCCAUCGCAUGUUCCUCUUAAGAGUGAAGCUCAUGCACUUUGUGAACAGUUUACACAACUACAUCAUGACCAGGAUUCUUCAUAGCACAGGGCUGGAGUUUCAGCAUCAAGUUGAGGAAGCCAAGGAUUUAGAUCAGUUGAUUAAAAUUCACUAUAGAUAUUUGUCAACCAUCCAUGAUCGAUGUCUACUGAGAGAAAAGGUCAGCUUUGUGAAAGAAGCCAUCAUGAAGGUGUUGAACCUGGCUCUCAUGUUUGCAGAAGGUUGGCAGGCAGGCCUGGGGGCUUGGCAAAUGGAAUCUAUAGAGAAAAUGGAGUCUGAUUUUAAAAACUGUCACAUGUUUCUUGUAACCAUUUUAAACAAAGCUGUCUGCAGAGGAUCUUUUCCCCAUUUGGAAUCUCUAGCACUGUCACUCAUGGCUGGCAUGGAACAAAGUUAGACAUCCUCAGUGUAACACAGAUCUCAGACUUCAUCUUCAUACUGAUAUAUUUACAUCAUAUGCAGCUAAGAAGUGAAAAUCUUUUUAUUUUGAUUCAUUUUAAACACUGUUGUUCACAGUCUAAACAAAUGGAUUGUAGAUGUUUUCUCUGGAUUAUUGGAAAGUAUAUAGGGUGUAUAUAUAAGAGUCUAUAAAUAAUGCAAAGUGUAUAUAGGCCAUUUACUCUUAUAUUUCCUACUAUAAGCUAUAAAUUUAUGAUAUUGAUACUUUUAAAUGUAAAUUAUAUCAUCUUUUGAAAAUAUAAUUAUUGAUAUUAAAAAUAAGUCAAUGUUCUUAAAGUUCUUUUAUUCUUUUCUUGAUGCUGCUAUAUAUUGGUCACAGAAGUUUUUAUAGAGAGUUUUACAUUCCAUCUUCCCAAAAAGUUGUUUUGAAUUGACAAUCCUAAAAGUAUUUAUAUUUUUAUGUGACUGGGAGGUUCCAAAAUGGAAAAUAUCAAUAAAUAUAUGAAGCCAGCUUCACCUAGGGCCAGUUGUUGGUACAUAAUGUUGUUAAGUAUUUCUCAGCAAUUUUGGGAGCUAACCAGUGCUAUCUUGAAUAAAAUUAUGCUUGCCAUUCAAA